AUGGCGGCGGUUAUUGCAAAUCGAGACACAGAUCGACAGCGAAACGGCCACGGCCACCACCAACCUGAACGACAGCAGGUCAAGUCCGAUUGUCCAAGCCGGAAAUGGCAGUGUCCUACCCAAGCCGAAGGGGAAGACGAAGACAAGACUGAGCCCCAGCAAAAAAGACAAAAGAUAGACGAGAGAUCCGACCAACAGCCCCCGCAAAACCCGAGUGCAAGCUCCAAGGCCCUUUGCAGGAGCCCGCGAUUACAAGAGAAACUAGGUGCGACCCAACAACGAAUCGCAAGACGACAAGAGGCGAGGUCACCGCAGAGACCAGCAGUAAAGCAAUACUAUCGUCGUAACGCGAAGGACGAAGACCUUGCAGCCUUAGCGGCGGGCCUAGGAGCACAAAAGAGCACUAAACGGCAGCUUUGUGGGAAUAUAGGAGACGCACCAAACCACAACGCGAAGCGUCGGAAACCCAGGCUAACGCUACAUACUGAAGCGAGGAUUGACCCUAAGAAGGAGAACUUCAUUGAAGAUUGGUUGGACAAGUCCUGCUGGUCCCGCAGAACCUCGACAGAGAACGAACCCCGACUUUCCGUGGAAUCAGUCAACAUGCCCCGCCAUCCUACCCCCAUGCUUCCGUCCCCAAAUAAUAGCUCCCCAAGCACGAUAUCCAGAACGUCUGAGAAAUCCGCGGUAAGCGUCACUGAUACGGAUUACCGGCAGUCUUUAGGUUACCGAAACAUAUAUAUCAAUCGUAUCGAUCCUCCAGCAGAGCUGAUGAAGCGAGCAAAAAGGAUAAUAUCACGUUCAAGAGCAUCUCCGGAAAUAGACGACGCUACAGCUCAAGGACUAAUAGCGAUAUCGCGCAGGGUUGAAAACGACAGUGAAGAUGUUAUCAUCCAGCAAUUGGCGCCCGGUAUCAUUCCUGCCAUGAACAAGGUCCCCGACUCAAGACUGGCUUCGAACGCUAACUCGCUAUGGUGCGAUUCUAUCCCUGUCCCGCUCGAUCCAUCUAUCCUAGCCAACCCUCUCCCCUUACCCAAAUCGAAACCUGAUCUAGCAUUUGGAUAUUCCGAGGCAGCCUUCACCCGUAACCAACUCGGGACAAUUGAUCUUCUCGUGAACGCCCAGUUCGGCCGAAGCUACGCUAUACCAGAUCAAAAGAUCCGAUUUCCCUUUCUAGAGAUCGAGUUCAUAUCACAGGCUAAAAAUGGAACUCACUAUAUCGCAACAAACCGCGCCGCCGGUGCUGGAGCUAUCGCGUUGAACGGCAGUUUGGACCUAAUACAGCGCAGCAGCCACGGGAUGGGAAAAUUCGAUUAUAAUGAACCGCAGUACUUUUCUAUUACAAUGGACCAUGAGCUGGCUCGGAUAAAUGUUCAUUGGCUAAAAGCUCCAGUUGAAGGAGAAGGACGACACAGCUUCCACGUCGAAGGCCUAUCGAAACAUCUCUUAGACGACGCCAAUGGGAUACGAGCAGUUAGGAGAGCAUUUAAGAACAUCCUUGAUAAUGGGGCCGAUGCCCGGCUGCGAACACUGUGUGAGGCGCUGGAUGCAUACAGAGAGACGGUAGUCCGGAAUAGGGAAGCGGCAAAUGCGCAGAGCACGCUGGAUUACAAGCUUCUACCCGAGUCAUGA